AUGUCUCUUCCCACACAUGGACGUGUAGUGCUAGAUACGACGGCUGGAGAUAUUGAGAUUGAGCUAUGGUCGAAGGAAGCUCCCAAAGCCGUGCGCAACUUCAUAGCUCUCGCCAUGGAGGGCUAUUAUGAUGGUGUCAUAUUCCACAGGGUAGUACCGGACUUCCUAGUUCAAACUGGAGAUCGCACUGGAACCGGCUCGGGUGGAGAAUCAUUCUAUGGGGAGCAGUUUGAGGACGAGAUACAUCCCCGACUACGCUACGCUCACCGAGGUCUCGUCGGCCUCGCCAAUAAUGGCAAGAAGCACUCGAACGACUCGCAGUUCUUCAUCACGCUAGAUCGCGCCGACGAACUGCACGGAAAGCAUACUCUAUUCGGGCGGUGUGUAGGCGACUCAGUCUACAAUGUAAUGAAGAUUGGUCAAAUGGAGCUCGACGGUGACGGAAAACCCCUCUAUCCGCCCAAGAUUCGGACUGUACGCAUCAUCGAGAAUCCGUUUGAAGACAUCGUACCUCGCAUCACCGCCGAGGAGAAACGCGCACAGCUGAAGGCGCGUGAGGCUGCUGCUCGGGAGCGCGAAGAGCGAGAGAGGAGGAAAGGCGCCAAAAAGGACGCUAAACUCUUGAGCUUUGGUGCCGAUGAGGAAGAAGCGGAUGCACCGGUGAUCAAGAAGAAGAACAUCGCUCGACCGGAUUUGGUUUCAAACCCAGAACAACCAGAUCUGCUCGCGGAUAUGCCUACGUUACCAACAAGACGAGCAGGAGAAGACGGUGUGAAGGAGAAGGAGAAGAAACCUACAAAGUCUCAGAAGGACGACGACCUCGCCAAGCUUCGCGAACAACACGCCAAGGAACAGGCUUCAAAGAAAUCGACACGACAAGCUGAGAUUGACGCGCUCGAAGCCGACAUCCGUCAGAUAGCGCGCAAGCGAGCCGGAGGGGAUAGCGACGACGAUCGUGCGGCAAAGAAGCCCAAGGGUCCUUCACUCCUUGCUGCCGAACUCGCGAAGUACUCGAAAGGCAAGGGUAAAGGGAAGAAGAAGGGCAAAGGCGAGGACGACGUGCUCGCCACACUCAACAGCUUCCGCAAUAAGCUCCAAGGCGUGAUGGACGUUGACGAUGAGGAGCCGGAGGAGGAGGAGAAGAAGGAAGGGGAGGACGGCGAGAUGUUACCUGCGGCUGAAGAUCCUGGUGUGGAGGUGGACGACGAUCUCGGUUUCUUAAGUCAUCAUCUGAGGUUUCCGAAGGGGAAUGAGGAGGAGGUCGCGAAGGCCGAGAGGGAAUACGAGGUUAUUGACCCACGAGCGCGUGGAGCGAAGGCAAAGGAGGAGGAAAGGCAGCGGAAACGGGCACAGAGACCGAGAGACGGCGGCAGGGGUUCCCGACGAUGA